AUGGAAGACGACUAUGAUGAAUAUCGUCGCUGGGACGGUGACGUCGAUGUAGAGGCUGAUGACAAUGACGACAUAUUAGAAAAUCCGGAAGAAACUUUAACUCAAUGCUUAGAGAAAUUUAGUAGUGCUGAUUAUAUCAUGGAACCAGGAAUAUUUUCACAGCUUAAAAGGUAUUUUCAAGUGGGUGGAACUCCUGAACAUGUUAUAGAAUUAUUAUCAAAGAAUUAUAUUGGUGUUGCUCAGAUGGCAAAUAUGGUAGCUGAAUGGCUCAUUCUGGGAGGUGUUGCCGUUGGUGAAGUUCAAUCCUUCGUUGAAAAUCAUCUCAAAGAUAUGGUAUUAAAAACAUUUGAUCCGAAAAAAGCUGAUACAAUAUUUAGUGAAGAGGGAGAAACUCCAGCUUGGUUAACAGAAAUGAUUGAACACAAAAUAUGGAGAUCAUUAAUUUAUAGAUUAGCAGAAGAAUAUCCUGAUUGUCUGAUGCUUAACUUUACAAUUAAGUUGAUAUCAGAUGCAGGAUAUCAAGGUGAAAUAACAAGUAUAUCUACAGCUUCUCAACAAAUUGAAGUAUAUUCCCGAAUAUUAAAAAAUUUUAUUACAGAAUCCAUAAAAACUUCUAGUGAGAAUCGCCAAAAUACAAUACAAGAAUGUGCUAAAAUGGUAUGUCAUAGCCAACAUACAUAUGUUUUUACAUUAGUUGCUCUUCAAGUUUUAGCUAAGGAAACUAAUGGAGGAGUUAACAUGAAAAGAUUUUCUCAAGAAAUAACUCGCUGUGCUCAAGAAAGAAAUGAUGUGACUCCCAUUACUAUGGCAUUAAAUGGCGCUGCCCCGUAUGACCAGCCUUGUGCAGCUUUAAGUUCUAUGUUAUCGCGAAAUGCCUUAAAUCCUGCUGAUAUAAAUGUAUUACAUAAACAUUAUUCAUCAGCAGAUUCUCCUCCUGUCAGCUUACUCAGAAUACCACAAUUUCUUGAACUAUUAGUUCAGGCUCUAUUUAAGCCUGGAAUGAAAUUAAACCCAGAAUACAAACCCAAGUACAUAUAUCUCUAUGCUUAUUCUGCUAGUGUGUAUGAAGUAACAUCAGGUAAAAAAAGGAAAAUUAUUAAUAAGGACGACUUAAAAUCUACAAUUCAAGCUGUUGAUAAAGUUCAUAGUAUAUGUAAUUUGAAUAAAAGUUCAACAGAAUUAAUUGCUGAAGUAGCAACUAUUUAUCAUUGCAUCAGAUAUCCGGCUGUUGCUGUUGGUUUAAUAUGUUGGGUUGAGAGUACUGUGACUGAACCCAGUUUCUUUAAGUUAUGUACUGAACAUACACCAACACAUUUAGCACUCUUAGAUGAAGUUGUUACAUGCCAUCCACAACUGCAUAAUAUCAUAUUAAAAUUAUUUGUGUCUCUUUUUGAAUCUAAACAGGAUGAACUAGAAAUUCUAGUACACUUGGAGAUGAAAAAGAUGCUGCUUGACCGUAUGGUGAACUUAUUAUGUUGUGGUUGUGUUGUUCCAGUUAUAAAAUAUAUUGAACAAUGUUGGCAUAGAGGAGAUACUGAUAUUUCUUUAAUACGUUAUUUUGUUACAGAAGCUUUGGAAGCAGUUUCUCCUCCUUAUUCUGUUGAAUUUGUUGAUUUAUUUUUACCAAUUGUUGAAAAUGAAGAAAUAACUGGUACAAUGAGAUGUGACGGAGAAAAUGAUCCAGUUUCAGAAUUUAUAGUGCAUUGCAAAGGAAUGACAAUAUAA